AUCCAACAGUCAUGAAAAAUUUUCCUCGAGUUGUGUCCCUUUUGAUUUUGGUGCAUAGUAUUUGUGCAUAUCCAAGUUCGGUUCACCACGCUCAACACCUAUCUCACUCUGGCGGACUCCGCUCGUCUUACGAUUAUGUCGUAAUUGGCGGUGGAACUUCCGGAUUAACACUUGCUGAUCGUCUCACCGAGAGUGGUAAAUACUCCGUAUUGGUUGUUGAGUACGGCUACUUCUCAGAUAUUCCCACCCUGCCGUAUGACCCAAUCAAUCCAAUAGAUGUAUCUCCUGAGUCUUUGAUGUAUAACAUCACAUCUGUUGGUACCAAGAAACAGUUAGUUGGCAUUGGUUGUGUUGUCGGAGGUGGAUCUGCCAUCAAUGCUCAGGCAUUCAUGCGCGGUACAUCUGAGGACUAUGACCGAUGGGCCGCUCUUGGAGGCGAAGAUUCGAAUUGGGGUUGGAAGGGUAUUUUGCCGUAUUUCAAGAAGAGCGUAACUUUCAACCCGCCUGAUCCGAAACUCGCUGAGGAAUUUAAUAUAACAUACGACAUCAAAGAAGCAUGGGGAGGCAACGGUCCUGUCUUGGCCAGCUACGGCGAUUAUCAGUAUCCUCCUACCAAGAUCAUGUAUGAAGCUUGGAAAGCUUUCCCAGGGAUCACCUACCCACGAGACGGCUCAGAAGGCAAAGCAGGAAUCGUCUGGAUCCCCUCGUCCAAAGAUCCAAUCACUGAGACGCGGUCCUACGCGCGAACAGCACACUGGGACCCUGUGCAGAACAGGACCAAUUAUGCGAUCCUCACGGGACAUAAAGUUGCCAAGAUUAAUUUUCGUCAGACUAGGUUGGAGAUAAUGGCGACAAGCGUGAAGAUCGUUUCCCGGACUAACAGUUCGUCGACCAGGAUCGUGAAAGCAUCAAAAGAGAUUAUUCUGGCUGCUGGAGCGAUUCAUACACCUCAGAUUUUGCAGUUGAGUGGCAUUGGGCCGAGAGACGUGUUGAAGGCUGCAAACAUUUCGCUUUUAAUGGAUCUCCCCGGCGUAGGCUCAAACUUCCAGGAUCAUUCGUGGUUUACAGUGGGAUACAAUUUCACAACUCCCGUUCUUCCCAACAGAGCAUCGUUGCUCAAUAAUAAAACAUUCGCCUCUUGGGCGCUGGAGCUAUGGGAAGCCAAUCGCACAGGCCCAUACUCAAUCUCGCAAGGAGGAGGAGCUGCUCUAGCCCAAGUCGGUCUCCCGGUGAUAGCGCCCACUACGUACUCUUCCAUUGCAUCGGAAAUCGAGUCUCUCGAUCCGGCAAGCAUCUUGUCCCUGGGAACACAUCCAACAAUCGUUGCUGGAUACCGCGCUCAGCUCAAACUUAUGGCAGCGGCAGCACGCUCCAAGAAUACUGCAUGGCUUCAAAUGGGAUUAGGCGGUAAUCCGUUCGGCGUAGCAGAUCAGUGGGUGUUCAAUAUUCAUCCACUAAGCCGAGGAACAGUCCACCUAGACCCGUCAGAUCCGAACGGAGAACCGCUGGUCGAUUAUCGCAUGCUAUCAAAUCCUGUUGACCUGCGUGUAGCUGUGGCUCUGUUCAAAGGCAUCAGAGCAUACUAUGGUAGUCAAGGAGCUAUGAAGAGAUUGACACCUGUGGAGACGAAACCUGGAGCAAACGUGACGUCUGACGCUGAUAUCGAAGAGUUCUUGAAGAAGACGCUCGAUCCGAGUCAGUACCAUCCUGUUGGAACAUGUCCUAAAAUGCCGUUAGAGCUUGGAGGUGUUGUUGACGAAGAGUUGAGAGUGUAUGGCGUGGAGGGUCUUAGUGUUGUGGAUGCUAGUAUCAUGCCGUUGAUUGUUGGAGCGACGAUGCAGUCGACUGUUUAUGCCGUUGCUGAAAAGGCUGCGGACUUGAUCAAAGCCAGAGCAUAGCUUCCUCGAACACGGAAAAAUGCCCGGUCAAGGUUUUUUAUUACCGAUGCGUGAUCUCAUUCUGUUGACUCCUGUUAUUUGAAAUAAGAGAGACAAUAUUCGCGAAGAUUUUCAUCCUUUGGUGACCUUGUAAAUUGACGAUAAAGUUAGAACUGAUGGGAGUGAGACGGAUUUCCUGCUGCCCUCGCUUAACAUAAUGCAAAAUAAACAAACUCAUCUGUUC